GAAGAAGAGCUGCACCAUACACGAGUUUCUUGAGCAGAAGUCCAUUUACUAACUCCACUCCGCCAAAUAACCGCUGACAAAGAUGUUCUCAAUCUUCUUAAAUGCAUGCCUCCCGCCGCUUAGCAAAAGUUGAAAUGUUAACACACGUUGAAAAAACUUCGGUACUGACUUAAAAUGAGAAAAUUAAUCAUAGGAAUUGGUGGGAUGACACAUGGAGGAAAGACCACUCUGAGUAAAAGCCUCCAGGAGCUUCUGCACAACAGACUCGUUUUCUCUCAAGACAACUUUUUCAAACUUUGGAUGCCCUGCACAUGGACAGGAUGAUGGCAGACAUUGGCUCGUGGCAGGAGGAUCCUCAGGGCUUCAUGAUGUCUCGUGAUCGUGCAGUGAAAUCCACAGCAUCUGAGGCAUCCAAUGUGUUUGUUCUUAUAGUGGAGGGAAUCCUCAUUUUUCAAUCAUGGAUGAGAUCAAAUAUAAAGGUGACAGUUUCACCAUGAAGUGUCCUGCACCUCCGAAAGAAGCACUGGGUGUAUAUCUGUACAGCAGACGUGAGAGCAGCCGACGAGUCUUCUACUACUUUUUUAAUACCCAGAAAUUAACUGUCCAUAAAGACUUUGAAGGACGUGUUGAAGUCAAAUAUGACAACAAGAUCCUGACAAUAAACAUCAUUAACCUACAACUGACAGACACUGGGGCUUACUGGUGCUCCUGCAAUCUUAUGAUUGAGGAAUGUACAAUGGACGAUUCAGGUGUUUUUCUUUUGGUGCAUGAGCCGGUGAUCAAUCUGGCCCCUUCCAAAAGUGCUGAUCCAAAGUCAGGUGGCAUUAAUGACUUACUGAUCCCAGUGAUGGCUAUCACAGUUGGCAGUGUGCUCUUACUGUUACUCCUUGUGUUUGGAGUGUGGCUGGUGCCCAAGAUGAAGAAACUGAUCAGAAGCAAUGAGAAAGUAGAAGAAAAGGAGAAAAGGUGUAAUAAUGGAGUGUACGAGGUCAUGACUGUUCCCCGAAGGACAGAGUGUGUAUGAGAGGUUCAUGUAAAUAUGAGACAUUCCCCAGUGUGUGUGUGUGUGUGUGUGUGUGUGUGUGUGUGUGUGUGUGUGUGUGUGUGUGUAUGUAUAUAUAUAUAUAUAUAUAUAUAUAUAUAUAUAGCAAGCUACUGGAAAAACCACAUAAAUUGGUAUGAUAUAUAUACCAACUUUGUGUGUGUGUGUGUGUGUGUGUGUGUGUGUGUGUGUGUGUGUGUGUGUGUGUGUGUAUAAACAAAAUAAAUAUGUUUUUUGUACUGUUUUGCAUGUUACUAUGACUCAUAUGCACCUACUUUAGUUCAAUCUGAUAGAGGUAGGUUUUCUGACCUACUUCUGUUGAAAUAUGGCAACGGAAGAUUCAGAGAAAUGCUCUUAAUCUCUGGAGAUCUCUUCUAAACAUCUGUUUGUUUCAAAUGAGUUUUCAGUCCUCUUCUAUUUUCUAUAAAUAUUUUUCUGAGUUAUUUUGUGUAUAUAUUUCAGCUUUGCAUGAUUGUUCAAAUCCUUUAGCAUUAAUGAGUGAUUCAGUUGAUUUUGAAUUUGAUUUUGAUUUAAUUUUUAGCUGUGUUGUCUAUGCAUUUGUGUAUUAAAUUUUAUAUGAAUGAA